AGGGGAGCAAAGAAAAAUGAGCUUUCUUAAACAAAUCAUGUGCAGAGGGACAGGCUGCCAGUGCUCAGGCAAUCCUCAGCGGUGGCUCUGCUCUCUUCCCUGCUGGCCAUGAUGCAGGAAGAAGCUGGAGUCCUGAAGGAGGGCUUCCUUGUCAAACGGGGGCAUGUUGUUCGUAACUGGAAAGUGAGAUGGUUUGUUCUGCUUCAGGAUAAGCUGCUGUAUUACAAAAUUGAAGGAGGCAAGAAGGAGCCUUCUCCAAAGGGCAGGAUCCUUUUGGAUGGCUGCACUAUUACCUGUCCAUGCCUGGAAUAUGAGAACAGACCGCUACUAAUCAAACUAAAGACAAAAACCAAUACAGACUAUUUCCUUGAAUGUUGCUCCAGGGAGGAGCGUGACUCCUGGGCUUUGGACAUCACUGGAGCUAUUCAUGCUGGUCACCCAGUACAGGUACAAGAACUUCACAGAAUGAAGAACUCUUUCAAACUGCUAGAUAAUAUCAGCCUCCAUGACAUAGUGGAGAGAAUGUAUGACAGCAAUACUGGAAUUAAACUGACCCGCAACUUGGAUCAAGGCAACAGAUAUAAAGAGACCUUCACAGGUUCUGCCCUGGUGGACUGGCUCAUUUCCAAUAGCUUUGCUGUGUCACGAUUCGAGGCUGUCACCUUGGCAUCCAUGCUGAUGGAUGAGAACUUCAUCAGGCCUGUGGGAACCCGCAGCACUGAGGCCACGCGCUUCAGCGACCCCUCCGAGAAAUUCCUUGAUGACUCCACCGCACUGUACAUGUUUGCUGAGAACAGUAAGAAAAAUACCAGUUCCAAGGAAGAGGUACAAUUUAACAUCUCUGAAUUAAGUGGCACAAUUGUGAAGCAAGGAUUCUUAGUGAAACAGGGGCACAAGAGGAAAAACUGGAAGGUGAGGAGAUUUGUUUUGAGAGCUGAUCCUGCUUUUUUGCACUACUAUGACCCCACUAAGGAAGAAAACAAGCCAGUUGGUGGAUUCUCCCUCCGAGGCUGUCUUGUCUCAGCUCUAGAGGACAACGGAGUCCCAGCAGGAGUGAAGGGCAAUGUGCAAGGCAAUCUCUUCAAAAUCAUCACCAAAAAUGACAUUCAUUAUUAUAUCCAGGCCAGCUCCAAGGCUGAGCGAGUGCAGUGGAUUGAGGCAAUCAAACCACUGACAUGAGUAACGUGGACUCCAUGCCAAAUGACAAGUCACAUUUGUGAACAAGUUUUCUUCUCUCAUUUUCUGGGAGUAUUGUUAUCCCCUUGAUAGUCUAUUUCUGUUAUUUGAAUUACCAUAACACUUAGCAAUUCCUGGUAGACCAGCAUCCUAGGUGUCUUAAAGUCAUAUAGAUCCAGAAUAAUUCUCCACCAAGAAUUUACCAUCUAACAAAGAGACAAAAGACAAUAGGUGGAUACAGACAAACGGGGCUUUACAAUGAAAUGAUGAGAUACAAUAUUCCAAGACAGAAGAAAAGAAUCUCUUGUACAAGUAUUCAGUUUAUACCUGACAGAUCCACAUUGUGCUUUAUCUUAAAGCAGAAAUAUCUUGCUCAUUUCCCCUUUAUAAAGGGGCUCAUAAAUUAAUUAGUUAAGACUGAAACAUCAAAGUCAUGAAAGGUGCUGAUGUCUGAGGCUGCCUUUCUUGGUAUACCACACGAAUCUUGUGCUAAGCCACAAUCCAGCUGCCAGGAUAAUCAGUGCUGCAAAACAAACAAGGGAUCUGUCUGUCCAUCCAUCUGCUUUACUGUUUGGCUCUCUGUUAGACUUGAAAAAACGCAAAGCAUCUUCCUCUCCACUAUAUAGAUUGCUCUUGUGCUGGUACAAGAUCCUGAGUAUCAAAUCAGACCAGUGGCAGUUCCAGACAAUUGCUGGUGCUGAAUAUAUUGGAAGAAAUCACUCAGCUAUAAAAGCGAGACUUUUCCUUCGAUUAUCAUCAUAAGUUCAUUUAUGUUGGAGAACCAUUUGGACUGAGAAUUACAGUAGCAGAUAUGGCUAUUACUUUUUCUAUCUUAGGUCAUUAGUUCUUCCGUUAUUUUCUACUAAACUUGUCUUUGAUAUCAUUAAAUAUUAAAAAAACCCCAAACCCCAAAACCAGUGCAUUUGAAUAUCCUGUGCUCUUUAGAGAUAUGAUUUUUCUCAGAGGGCAGUUUGAGUAUAUGAAAAAUAAUGGUUUCAUUCACUGUAAUUUUAGAUUUAUACAUAAACUGAGACACCAGAGGGUAAAAUUGAAUGUAGGAAAUUAUUAAAACACCUGAUAUACUAUUUUCAUAAAAUUCCUAGUUUUAUCUUAGUACCUGUAUCUGACAGCCAAACUCUUCAGAGUCUUCAAAAACCCUCUGAAGGCAACAUGCUAUAUCUUCCCUGAAGUCACAGAGGAAUUUGAUAGCUCUCUGUCCAGAGUUCCAUCUCUUUGCAGAUUUUAUGUUCUCCAAGUUGUGUACUAAAAAAAAGUCUCAUCACCAAAGGCAGCAUAUGAUAUAUGCUUAUAUAUUUAUUAGAAUAGCCACGUAUGUAGGACUUUCUUCAAAAGCUACAGCAAUGAAAUAACAGCACAAUGCUUAAAUGUGUUCAAAUAUUUAACAGAGUUUAUUUAAAGAAGUUUUCCAGCAAAGAUGCAGUUUUAAUUAGAUACAAAAGUGAGCAAUGCAGUUUCAGAUACAGAUACAUUUCCUAGGCCUGGUCCAGAGAAGACUGUGAAAUCCACAGCUGUUGAAACCCUUCAACUCAGGAAAAGCUACCUGGAAGAGACAGGGAUGUUGAUAAGGAAUUUAUUGCUCUGUACUCAGAAGCCCAAAUGGCUUUGUGUUGAUUGAGCAGAGCUUCCAGAAAAAGCAAUUCCCUCCUGACAAUGUGAGCCUUGCUGGGGCCCAUCAGAUUCCCUUAUUGACUUACAAGAAAAUUUCCUGCUUCUCUUUUCUCAGUCCCAUUACCUGCAUAAUGCCCAGUUCUAGUCACAAGGCUAACAGCCACCCCACUGCAGAGGACUGAGCUCUGUCACCUGGCAUGCAUGGAAUCAUAAGGAUGUGAGAUACUGCACAGCAUCACAAAUUUUGCAGUUUGGGAGCCCAAAAGUGUAUCUCAGCAACAAGUCUAAGAUUUACCCAGAUCAGCCAUAGCUCUGCAAUUGCUGACUUUGUAUGAGAAAAAAAAGGUUAUAUCUCAAACACAUCAGCAAAUUAAAAAAAUAUAGUUCCCACUCUCCAGAAUCAUCCAGAGGAAAGAGUUAAAACGUUUCUCAGACAAGAAAAAGUACAUUUUCCUCUGUUCCCUGGUGAUAUUGAGGUCUCCUCUUUUCAAGCCACUUUGGUAAGCUUGAUGUCCCCUGAGAUCUGCAAAACUUUAACCAAGUUCAGAGGCUGAAUGCGGUGAGUGAAGUCACAGAGCUGCCGUCCAUCAAGCAGGACUCGUAUUUGCUGGUGUUCACAUAAGAGCUCCAUCUGCAAUGGAAAAUGACAGGGGAGGGUGUUAGAGGUCAGCAGCAGGGUUGAUUUCACCAGCAUGGACUUAGAUCCGAUUGUUAUGGGGAGAGUGAAGCACAGAGUCUACUAUUUCUUCUGAAAUACCCUAAUAAAUAACUUACCCUCUGCUGAGAUGAUACUGCAAAGCUCCUUGCAGGGAGUACUCUCACUAAGAUUAGAGAAAGAAAUGCAUCUCUCCCAUCAGGGCUUGAACUGUUGCUGUCUGUGCCAUACUAGACUAGUUAACCUGGCAAUGUCAGUAGUUAGCUGUUUUUGGUCACAUAGCCUUCAGCCUUUCUCCCCUCCUUUUCUCUACUCUAUUCAUAGUACCAAAAAAUUACCUUGAACGUAUCACCUGCUGUAAAUGGAAAGUAGGGAAUAGUCUUCUCUUCUUUUCCCCAUUUCCCACCAAUUCGUGCAUUUCGGGUGAUGGAUUUCUCACUGAAGUUAACUGUAAAUAACAGCCCAACAUCUUUGUUUGCAUCCACUGGAUCACAGAGCAGAGUCACCGAAAAACUGAAAAAAAACCAGUUAAAUGACUGGAACUUUCAGAAAUGUUAAAGGACAUGGUGAACAUGACAGAUGCUUUUAAAGACUACAGACAGCGGCUGAUUUCAUGUCAGACUGGUUUUUAAAUUAUGUUGAUUCCAACCCCCAGCAGACAACCAAGAUGCAGGUUGAGAAUUGCACCUCUUCCUGGAGGAGAAAUGUCACUUGUGUGCUCCCUUCCAGUUCACAAUAGAUAAGGGCAAGGAGUAGAAAAUCCUGUCAGGGCAGCCAGAAAGGUCAAAGAGUAAACUCCUCCUUCACCUUUAAUCUAAGUGCAGGAAAACUAAGUAAAGCCAUAAAUUAUUAACCUGUUUCAUUUUCUUCCUCCAAAGAGCACAGACCUCCAAGAAAGCUUCUGAAUUUAGAAAAUAGGUAGGAGCGUGUAUGACAUGGUGAAGCCCCCACUGGUACCUUCACCUACCUCUUUGGGUUGGAGUGUACCAUCCCGAUGACUGUGAGUUUCAUGGCUGGUCUCAGGCCACCUUUAAUUUCACCAACAUACUGCUCCACCUGCAGGGAACAGUGAAAAAAAAUGGCUGCAGCGGGUGAUGCAGGUAAAGAAGUUUUAACGGCUGCUUUGGUCACCUGAUAUAGAUUGGUUUUCUUUUUACACGUACAAAAGAACUCAAAAAUAUUUCUGGCCUGAAGUACUUCUUGCACUCUCAGUAUAAAUUCUGUGUUCUGGUAUCUGAGGGAAGCAAGAGGGCUGCCAUAACUGAGUGCCUGGUGACGAGGCACUGGCUGCCUGACAGGACUGCCGGCUCCCCUGGGCAGUGUCCGACCAAAACUGCUGUCAGCAAGGGGAGUGUCUGCUGUCCUUGCUCUACCUGAGUGACCUGUGUGACAGAGGCUCCUGGAGGCACAGCUCUGGAAACAGCCAGCACUGCCUUCAGGUGACUGAUGCCACUCCCCAAGACCAGAGCAGGUACUGCAGGAACCGCGGUGGCCCACGUGCCUCACGAGGGACGGGACCCAGAUGGCUGGUACACCUGGGAUGAGAUGGCAAUGGCUGCUAUGGUCUGAUGACACAAUAAAACUCGUUGCAGUGCUCCAUGCAGCAGAUUAAAAGCAUUGUGGCAGCAUGAUGCAGAGCACAGACUGCAUGAACUUAGUGUGUCAGCUCGAAUUCGUUACCAGAUUUCGGUGGGCUAACUUGGCACCAGCAGGCUUUACACUGGGCCAGGCAGCCUCUGUGCUCCACCAUAAAAGUGCAAAUCCAACAGAGAUGCUGCCCUGCUGCUGCAUGUUCACCACACCCUCACAGGUGACUGAAAAUCACACUCUUUCAAAGGCUUCUUGGUGGAUGUACUUUUGUCCUUUUCACAGAGACCCGUAGCUGCAAACUCCACCAAAGAUCUGAGCUACAUUCACUUUUUUCAAGUAAUUCUCUAACAGCUUGGAUGGUCAGUGGAGGAAAUAAUACAGGCCAUAGCUGACAUGGAAAUAUUAAAGAGAGAGCUUGGAAACAAGUGAUAGGGAAGUUUUGAGACUUCAGUUUCAGAAAUGGCUUUAAAGUGUAAAUGUCAGAAUACCACAGUGCAGCAUGUAAUCACUCCUUAUGCAGAUUCACUUAGACAGAAGCUGCUAAAAACCACUAAACGUUAUUAGCAACUUGUGUAACAUUGAUAAUAUUCCAAGGCAAUGCACAACAGACCCUGUUUUAGAUAAAAAGAACUUUAUCGUUCCAGUGUUCUAAGGUAAAAAUUCAGACAGUUUUGCUAGAAGACCUGCACAACAUGCACACAUAAAUUCAAGACAAAAAAAGCCUUGCCUAUACCUCAUUUCCUAAUUUCAAUAUACUAGUUGUAUCUUCUGCUAAGAUGACCUUAUGAAAUUUAUUUUCCCCCUUUGAUAUUUACAUCCAGCUACUUUUACAGCUUCACAGAUACAUUAAUAAACCUCUAAUUCCUAACAAGAACAAUAUUGGAAGAAAUUAAUUAAAAAGUACCUUUAAAAAUGACAGUAGUACUGCUGAUUGUUAAUAAUGUACAUUUACC